AUGCUAAAUCUAAGGUUUUUCAAAAAUUUGAAAACUAUAAAAGGCGAAAGACUCGUGGAAGACAAUAAGUUUCAAACCGUACGCAUUGAAGCUGGGACGGUUUAUUUUCACUUCAACCCGAAAUUGUGUUUAACCGAAAUUGAAACGCUUUUGCCUAUGCUUAAAAAUCAAACGAAAUUCGACAAGAAUGAGGUUUCUGAAGAUUCAAAUGGUUCACGAGGAUCAUGUAACACAACAUUCUUGAAUGUUACGCUUACUACAAUAAAUUCACAAUUUGACAUCGUUGAGAUAUUAAAUCCUAUGAAAUUUGAAGAUGAGCGUACAUUCAUCGGUUAUCAGUAUUUGCAUAUUGAAGAUAAUUUUGGCAAUGCCACCAAGCACGGAUUUCGUCCGUGUGAUGAUGGAUGGACAAUUAGCUUGCCGACCAAAGAGACUCGUUAUUUUUUUCUUAAUCUGAACCCUUUCACGCAAUAUGCUUACUAUGUGAAGACGAUGACUAUAUCAACUGAACGACGCAAUGCCCAAAGUCCAGUGCAACGUUUUAUAACUAAAUCGGAUCAACCUAAGUUUGUUAAUAAAUUGCAAGCUUAUCCCAAUUCCAGCUCAGAAAUUGUUAUGACUUGGUUGCCGCCUACAUCGGCAAAUGGCCAAUUGAAAAUGUACAAGAUACGCGCAGUAUUAGUUCGAAUUCAAAACUCUGAGUCCAGAAACUAUUGCAAAGAUCCUCUGAAGGAGAUUAAAAUUGAAAACCCAAAAAUUGAGAGUCCGCGAACAGAAAAGCCUCCAAUAUCCGAGGGUUGUAAAUGCCCUAAGCCUAAGGACUCUGUAUACGAUGACGAAAAUGCUGAUGCAAAUAUACAUGCUAGUAUCGAGUUGGAGAACACCCUCCAGAAUUUUAUAUACGUAAAGAAAACUGAUUCCGUGCCUAUUGAAAAUGCGGUUACUGUCGAAAGCAAUGAAUCCGAUAUGACUAAACGAAGACGUCGUAACAUUGAAGGCACUCCUAACGAUAGCUUCUUGCUUCGUCAUAUACGUGAUAUUCCGAUCGAUGAAUAUGAUCGGGCUGUUCGCUCCGCGUUGGUUGAGCCUAAGCAGGAAAAGCAUAAUAUGCCUUCCAAUAUAACACGCAAGGAUGAAGAUGGUCUUUAUUACGAAGUUAUAGCUGCAUCUGUGAACGCUACUACUACAGAUUAUGUAUUUAAAUCUCUUAAGCACUUCUCAUGGUAUAUGAUCGGAGUGAAAGCAUGCCGCGAACCUGAGGAAGGAGCUUCUCCCAACGAAUGCAGCAUGGAAGUAAAAAUUCUAGCACGUACACUUAUGCUAGAUGACGUUGACAAGGUUGAAAAACUGCGUGCCGAUCUUGAGCCUACGAAUUCUUCGCGUAGUAGUAUUCGUUUGUUUUGGGAACGUCCAGCUCGCCCGAAUGGUGCAGUAGUCUCGUACACUAUAAUGUAUGAACUGCAAACACAGGAUGCAGUUGAGGAGAAGAAAUGCAUUACAGAAGUUGAUUACACUGAGCUAGACUACCAACACAACGGCUAUGUUCUGACGGGCCUGUUCACUGGCAAUUACAGUAUACGAAUACGCACAAACUCUAUGGCUGGUGAAGGAAAAUUUUCGAGAACCAUCUACAUUUACAUUCCACCUACCACUCCAUCACCAGCUCUUAUAGCUGGGAUCUGUGUCGCAUUAUUGACGUUGUUGUCAUUAAUUGGGGGCACAAUAUAUUUUCUGGUUCGCAAGCGUUUUCUUACGCCGCCAUCUGAUUUAAAAAUGUUUCCCACCGUAAAUCCCUAUUAUAUCAGUCUUCAGUAUAUACCUGACGAAUGGGAGGUGGCUCGAGACCGGGUUAUACAACUGAAUCCCCUUGGUCAAGGAUCGUUUGGCAUGGUGUACGAAGGAAUAUUAAAGGGUUAUAAUAACAGCGCCGAGGAUACUCCGUGCGCCGUUAAAACUGUAAAUGAAAAUGCCACGGACCGUGAGCGCAUGAAUUUCUUAAAUGAGGCUAGCGUGAUGAAACAGUUUGACACCUAUCAUGUGGUCCGAUUACUAGGAGUUUGUUCCCGUGGCCAACCUGCGUUGGUAAUUAUGGAAUUAAUGAAGAACGGCGACCUUAAAUCGUAUCUUCGCGCUCAUCGUCCGGACGAGCGGGAUGAGUUUGGCAUGACAUUGGCCGAAAGAGGUCUAUCCUCGCAACCCCCUCCAUUAAGUCGCAUUUAUCAGAUGGCUAUAGAAAUAGCUGACGGUAUGGCCUAUUUGUCAGCAAAGAAAUUCGUUCAUAGGGAUUUAGCGGCGCGCAACUGUAUGGUAGCUGCUGAUUUAACCGUGAAAAUAGGCGAUUUUGGUAUGACGCGUGAUAUUUAUGAAACUGACUAUUAUCGCAAGGGUACAAAAGGCUUGUUGCCAGUACGGUGGAUGCCUCCAGAGAGUUUAAGAGAUGGUGUAUAUUCCAGUGCCAGUGACGUGUUCAGUUAUGGUGUAGUUUUAUGGGAGAUGUCCACUUUAGCUUCGCAACCAUAUCAAGGUCUGUCUAACGAUCAAGUACUGCGCUAUGUCAUUGAGGGCGGUGUUAUGGAGAGACCUGAAAAUUGUCCAGACAAAUUGUAUAGUUUAAUGCAAAAGUGUUGGCAUCAUCGACCAACCGCUCGUCCUACCUUUAUGGAGAUUAUUCGCUAUUUAGCAGAUUUGGCUGAUCCACAUUUUCGUGAAGUUUCAUUUUAUCAUUCAGAAGAAGGACAACAAGUUCUUGCUAAAGAAGUUGCUGAAAGAAAUCAAAGAUCUGGCGAUGUGUUUGAGGAACCUGAGAACGAUAUGGAAGAUGUAACUACACCACUGCGUAUGGAAGAGUACGGUGGUUUUCAAUUGGCUGAAGAAAAUGACUCCUCUGGCGAGAAUCAAGUUGAAAGUCCCAUAACAAUGAAUAUCGAACCUCCUCAUUCGCCAUGCAGUCUUGGCUCGGCCAUAGUUGUAAGCAGCACACCAGAUGUCCAAUCGAAAAAUAGUCUGAUUUUAUCACAAAAUUUGCAUCAUAACCAAGGCUUGAGUUCCUUGCCUUCAACAUCAAGCGGUCUUGCACGAGUAAACAGUCAGUUGCAAUCACAUAUCCAACCCCAUCAGCGGCAACUCUAUCCACCCUCCCAGCGGCGAUUUCUUCACGGCAUUGUACGAGGCACGGUAGAUGAUGUUGAUGCGUAUGUGCAGCCAGAUUACGAAGAAACCGAAGAAAGAGGAAGGAUCGGAACGGACGAACGUGGUUACGAACUAUAUGAUCCAAGUCCAAAUUAUAGACAACAAGUUUCCUGCCAUGCAGGCGAUGAUGAAGAGGAUAACUUUGCCAUACCGUCCGCAGGGCAAAACUUAUUGUUAGGCUCUAGAGAACGUCAGAUACUGCCGAGGAUUAUGCCUUUGUCGAGCUCAGUGCCUGAUGACGUUAUUGGUCAACCAACUGCAUCUUCAUUACACCCUUCCACAGCUUCUGCUGCGUCAUCGAAUACAUCUUCGAAAGCAACAACGACUGGCAAAUAUUCUAACCUAAAAGCUGUUGCCGAUUCUUUAGGCAAUAGCUUGAUGCCUACCCUUUUGCGUAAAAAUAUACGCUUUUUCAAUCACAAACGUUCCGGUAGCAAUGUAAGCCACAAUAGCUCCAGUUCUAAUCCAUGCGCACCAAUUAGCGGAGCCGGUGAUGGGAGUAGCAGUAACUUGACUCGUGGCGGCCGUGGCAAAAGUAUGAGCGGUCAAAACUUGGGAACCAUAGAAAGUGGAGGUAGUGGGAGCGCGGGCAGUUUUUGCUCCAAUCCACGAUUUUUCACACCAGCAGCGAGUAUAAGUGAAAAUCCUAAUUACCGAAGGCUGAAUGAAUCGUCAUCCGUUGAAGGUGGUGGCGACGCAAGUAAACUGAAACCAAAACUUCCCUCAACUUCUACAUUUACUAUCAGUUCCAAUCCCAACUAUCAAAUACUGGACGAAUCUCUCAAUAGUUCGGGAACGUCUUCGGCAAAUCCUAAUUAUCAAUUGCAAACGUGUCCAAUAACAACUACAUCCCAAAGUAGUGAAAAUGCCAACUAUGUAAUCAUGAGUGAACCGCAGCAGAAUGAAGAUAUCGGAAAUACCGUGAAUGUAAGUGAGAAUCCUAAUUAUCAGAUGAUGGGUCCCUCUCUCUUACUCGCUACAACUGCCACCGAAAUGCAAGCCACUCAGCUUGAGCGCGACCGUUUGGAUAAGUUUUCAUGUUCACCAUCGUCAUCUUCCUCUCCGCAUGAAUCCGAAGAAGAUUUUGAAACUACCGACGGGAUGAAAAUGGAUCGGAUACCGUUAAGUCGGCGAAGCAGCAAUAGUCAAUCCCAACAUAAACGCAACAGCGAUCGAAGUCGAAGCAGCAGCGGUCAUAGCCAUGCUACAACACCGACUAAUACACCCUCAACAAGUACUGGAGGGCAUGGAACACAGCUAAGGCUAAUACCAACGUCUACGUUUUCGCUCAAGGAAAAAUGGCUGAAACAGCAGCAACAACAACAAUCCUCACCACCACCUCCACCAAACGGUUUUGUAGGACGAGAAGCGUAGAAUCUUGCUGCAGCUAUAUCCUGUAAAUAGCUUAUGUUUGCUUAUCCACAAAAAAUAUUAAUCAGGCGCACAAAAAAAAAUGUGUACGAAUUUUAAAAACUCCCUAAGCCAACAAGCUUCGUUUAUAAAGUGAGAGCUGAACAAACGAACUGUAUAUAGGAAAUAUAUAUAUAUAUAUAUAUAUUUUCUGUAAAAAAUAAUGAGGAUUUUCCCACACUUUCUUUUAUGCGAAAAGAACAAAACAAAACAAAGAAAAUCACAUUAUAAUUUAAUACAUAAGACAUCACGUCAUCGUUAUUUUGUGAAACCUU